AUGCUCAAUUGUGAGGUCAUGUGCCCUCCAGAAUAUAAGGCGGGGCGUUGACAAGUAACCCAGUAGCACCAGGCAGUGUAGGAAGACCAGUACACUGGCCGGAGGCUUCUGGAGUUCCCUCGAGUGCCUGAGAGAGAGAGAGAAGAGGAGGAAGAGGAGCCAUGAAUAUCCUGUUGCUCCUAAUUGGUGGAGUUUUGUUCACCUAUGUGUUUCUUUCUUGAAAAAAACAGCUUCAGAGAAACAUUAGUGAAAUGUCAUCAUCAGAUUCGACUGUUUUUGUACUAGUAAGAUCAUCCUCUUCUACUUGGUCAUAUAAGCACAAUACUGUUAACACUCUUACAGUCAGCAGCCUUUCUCAGGAUAUGUUAAUUAAUUCCCCACAAUCAGUCAUCAUCCAGAAACAAAUCCUGGUAAAUCUCAGGAUGGUGGAGUACAAGCUUGUUGAAUUGGAACAUUCCCCAGUUACUAAGGAUGUAAAUGGUGCAUUAGUUAACCCUAAUUCCACUGGCAUGUGUAUGGAAUGUAUUGACUAUGAAGUCAAUCAUUAAAGGCACUUUGAGUGGA